CUGGGCUGCUAGGGGUUCGGGAGAACCUCUACCUAAGAUUCUGUGCAGUUCGGAGAACCCUCAAAAUCUCACUCCUCGCUGGCCCCACCCAACAUGCCCCUCCCCUCCCAGGAGUCUCUACGCAGCCUGUUUUGGAUGCAGACUCUCGGAGGGGCUUCCGACAAUACAGCGUCAGCAGUUUUGCAUCACAAAAACGCGAUCCUUGAAAGCAUGGCUCAAAAUCAUAAAAUAAGGAAUCGAAAAGCGACCGAGGCAGACGGUGGCGUUGAUGAUGGAAAGCCAAAGCAACACAAAAAAGAAGAAGAAGAAGAAGAAGAAGAAGGAGAAGGAGAAGGAGAAGGAGAAGGAGAAGGAGAAGAAGAAGAAGAAGAAGAAGAAGAAGAAGAAGAAGAAGAAGAAGAAGAAGAAGAAGAAGAAGAAGAAGAAGAAGAAGAAGAAGAAGAAGAAGAAGAAGAAGAAGAAGAAGAAGAAGAAGAAGAAAGGAAGGAAGUACCGUAUAUACUCGAAUAUAAGCCGAUCCGAGUAUAAGCCGAGGUCCCCAAUUUUACCCCAAAAACUGGGGUAAACUGGGGACUCGAGUAUAAGCCGAGGGUGGGAAAUGAGGCACCUACAGGUUGGGGAAACCCUCCCUCCCUCAGCUGAGAAGGCUGGCGGCUCCCCCGCCCCGCCCUCUCACUGCACCGGCAGGGCUUCCCCGCGCCGUCCGGUAAAAUGUGAAAAAAAGAAAGAAAAAAAAACUCGAGUAUAAGCCGUAUAUACUCGAGUAUAAGCCGAGGGGCUUAAAAAAAAAAAAACUCGAGUAUAAGCCGUAUAGACCCGAGUAUAAGCCGAGGGGGCGUUUUUCAGCACAAAAAACGUGCUGAAAAACUCGGCUUAUACUCGAGUAUAUACGGUAAGUUUGGAAAGUUUCUGAGAUAUCAGUAAAACAACGUCAAUAAAAUGGUAAGAUGGUCUUUAAGUCUAUGGAGAUUCUCAGUCCUCCAGGUCAUGGUUUGUCCCAAAGGUGCUUUUUCAAGAGGCAACUGAACUUUCUUGUUUGUUUGUUUUUCCUUGAAGACGUUUCACUACUUGUCCAAGAAGCCUCUUCCGAGAUGUGCAGAAGUGAAGAAGCUUCUUGGAUGAGAAGCAAAACGUCUUCAAGGAAAAACUGUUGUGACCCAGGCCCAAGUAGGUAGUAGGAAACCCAGUCAGUGAAAAAAACAAACAAACUUUAUUCGAACAGCUGAGAAUUACUUCAUUCCCAGCAUAGUUCAACUAAAUUAAAACAAAUUCCUCCCAACACAAAUUCCUCAGUCCUAUCGCAAACCUUGGUCCAAUUAGGCAAACUGCCAAAGGCCUUUCUUGGCAAACGUUCAUAAGUCAUAAAUAUGAGAAGACGAAGCUACCAAUGUUGUUUUCUGGCAAAGCCCAAACGCCAUUGCUGCUCUGUUUUAAGCCUUAUGGGAGGGGGCAAUCAUCUCUUGGCCCUACUCCCGAGUUGUCCUUUUUACUUGAGCUGCUCUUGCCUGCUGGCAGCUCUUCUCAUGCGUGCAUUAGGAACAGGCUCCUCCUGUUCCUCUGCCUCACUACUAUCAGUCUCUGGAGGCUCUGGAGUCCGCACUUCACUCCCCGAUGGCCCUGGCCUCACCUCAGCCUCAUCGCUGUCCAACUCCGACUCUGCUGACGGACCACAACAAAAACAAAGUCCAGUUGCCCUUUGAAAAAGCACCUUUGCGAUGGUCCUUAAGUGUGUUUUGCAGGACUUUAAUAUGUUUAAUAUGUCAUAUACAGAUAUGGUAUUCAGCAGGUUCGGACUAGUUUGCCCGAACCGGUAGCGGA